UUUAUUUGAUUCUUGUAUCUUUGUCUCUCAUUUUCCUUUCUGUCUUUUUUUUUGUAUUAAUAUGCUUUCAGGUUUUUAAAAAUUUUCUUUUGUGUAUCUUUACAGAUAUUUUCUUAGUGGUACCAUCGGGGAUUCUAUAAAAACUCUAAAAGAUCCAACAAUAUAUUUGAAUGUGGUAAAAAAAUAAGUUAUAUACAAAAAUUCUUCAUCAUUACCUCUGCUGCUCCGAAAAUGCUCUUAUAUGUGAAUUUUGAAAUUUUACUUAUAUAUAUGUUUGUUAUAAAUAUCUUUAUGUGUAUCCUAGUUUGUUUGUUCAGCUUUUUCAUGCUUACAUCAUUUUUUCUUUUGAUAAAUUUUUCAGUUACUUUUUGUAAUUUUUAUAUCCAAAAUUUUUAUUUUUUGCUAGUUUAAUAUUUCUUGUUGUUAUCCUCAUUUUCCUGAUCUUCAGUAGUUGUCUGUGUUUCCAUUUAACUUACUGUAUAUUUUUAUGUUUUAUUUAUGUCUGUAUUUAUUUUAUCUGAGAUGGAGUCAUUUUCUGUCAGGCUGGAAGCAGUGGUGCAGUCUCGGCUGACUGCAACCUCUGCCUCCUAGGUUCAAGCGAUUCUCCUGCUUCAGUCUCCUGAGUAGCUGGGUACAGGUGCUUUCCACUAUGACUGGCUAAGUUUUUGUAUUUUUAGUACAGACAGGGUUUCACCAUGUUGGCUAUGCUGACCUUGAACUCCUGACCUCAAAUGAUUCACACACCUCAGGCUCCUAAAUUGCUGGAGUUACAGGCGUGAACCACUGUGCCCAGCAUAUUUUAUUUUAUUUUUGAGACAGUCUUGCUCUGUUGCCCAGGCUGCAGUGCAGUGGUACAAUCUCCACUCACUGCAACCAUCCCCUCCCAGGUUCAAGCAAUUCUUGUGUGUCAGCCUCCCAAGCAGCUGGGAUUACAGGCUUAUGCCACCAUGCCCAGUUAAUUUUUGAGUUUUUAGUAGAUACAGGGUUUCACCAGUUUCUCUAGGUUGGUCUUAUACUCCUGACCUCAUGUGAUUUUCCUACCUUAACCUCUCUGUGUUGAAAUUACAGGAAUGACCACCAACCCUGGUGUGUUCAAUUUAUUUGGAAUUUUAAAAAUUACUUUAUAUGCUUUUUAUAGUUGCUUUUGAAAUGUUUUUCAUCGGGCCAUGUUUCUGUAAUAUUUUGUGUACAUUGCAAUCUUUGAUUGAGAUUUGGACAUUGACAAAAAGCUACCUGUUACAAUCUUUUUAUAAUAUAGCUUUGUCCUGGCAUAGUCUGAAAUCAAUAGUCUUGGCUAGAGAUUCUGGGAAUUUCUCAAACAUGUUCUUAGGAUGUGUCUUGUCUAAAUUUUGUGUUUAUUGGUUAGUUAAAUUGGCUUAUUAAUUUUUUUUUAAUAAUCAGUAAUCACUUGCUGCAGCCAUUCCCUGCUUGGGGUACUGCAGUUUCUCUGCUUCUCUAAUAUUUACCUUUAGACUCAGUAGACUCAAACUGUCAUUCCAAUGCAUAUCACCACUUCUUUAAGCGUUUUAUGUCAUGGGAGACAUUAACCAGUGUCUAAGAAGCACAUAGAAGCCAGAAAUAGAGAUGUAUGUGCCAGUGUUUUUCUUUCUUAAAAAAAAAAAAAGAGUUGGCAACUUACAUUUGUGUGUGUGUGUGUGUGUGUGUGUGUGUGUGUGAGACAGAAUGUCAUUCUGUUACCUAUGCUGAAGUGCACUGGCAUGAUCUUGGCUCACUGCAUUCUCUACCUCCACAGUUCAAGCAAUUCUCCUGCCUAAGCCUCCCAAGUAGCUAGGAUUACAGUUAUGUGUUUUCAUUUUGCCCAAGACCUUUGUCCAGAGCAGAGCCUAAAAGAUUCCUUCCAAAAAGUGAUAGUGAGAAGAUAUGAAAAACGUGAAUAUGGCAAUUUAGAGUUAAAAAGAGGUUGUGAAAGUGUGGAUGAGGGUAAAGUACACAAAAGAGGUUAUAAUGGACUUAACCAAUGUUUGACAACUACACAGAGCAAAGUACUUCAAUGUGAUACAUAUGUGAAAGUCUCUCAUAUAUUUUCAAAUUCAAACAGACAUAAGAUAAGAGAUACUGGAAAAAAACCUUUCAAAUGUAUAGAAUGUGGCAAAGCUUUCAACCAGUCCUCAACCCUUACUACACAUAAGAAAAUUCAUACUGGAGAGAUAACCUGGAAAUGUGAAGAAUGUGGCAAAGCCUUCAACAGGUCCUCACACCUUACUUCACAUAAGAGAAUUCAUACUGGAGAGAAACGGUACAAAUGUGAAGAUUGUGGCAAAGAAUUAAAGUAUUCCUCUACCCUUACUGCACAUAAGAGAAUUCAUACUGGAGAGAAACGUUACAAAUGUGAAGAUUGUGGCAAAGAAUUAAAGUAUUCCUCUACCCUUACUGCACAUAAGAGAAUUCAUACUGGAGAGAAACCCUACAAGUGUGAUAAAUGUGGCAGAGCAUUUAUUUCAUCCUCGAUCCUUUAUGUACAUAAGAUAAGUCAUACUGAAGAGAAACCCUACAAAUGUGAAGAAUGUGGCAAAGCCUUCAAGCUCUCCUCAAUCCUUAGUACACAUAAGAGAAUCCAUACUGGAGAGAAACCCUACAAAUGUGAAGAAUGUGGCAAAGCCUUCAGGCGCUCCUUAGUCCUUCGUACACAUAAGAGAAUUCAUACUGGAGAGAAACCCUACAAGUGUGAUAAAUGUGGCAAAGCAUUUAUUUCAUCCUCACUCCUUUAUAAACAUAAGAUAAGUCAUAGUGAAAAGAAACCCUACCAAUGUGAAGAAUGUGGCAAAGCCUUCAAGCGCUCCUCAACACUUACUAUACAUAAGAUAAGUCAUACUGAAGAGAAACCCUACAAAUGUCAAGAAUGUGGCAAAGUCUUCAAACGCUCCUCAGCCCUUAGCACACAUAAGAUAAUUCAUAGUGGAGAGAAACCCUACAAAUGUGAAGAAUGUGGCAAAGCCUUCAAGCGCUCCUCAAACCUUACUACACAUAAGAUAAGUCAUACUGAAGAGAAACUCUACAAAUGUCAAGAAUGUGACAAAGCCUUCAAAUACUCCUCAGCCCUUAGCACACAUAAGAUAAUUCAUAGUGGAGAGAAUCCCUACAAAUGUGAAGAAUGUGGCAAAGCCUUCAAGCGCUCCUCAGUCCUUAGUAAACAUAAGAUAAUUCAUACUGGAGCGAAACCCUACAAAUGUGAAGAAUGUGGCAAAGCCUUUAAGCGCUCCUCACAGCUUACUAGUCAUAAGAUAAGUCAUACUGGAGAGAAACCCUACAAAUGUGAAGAAUGUGGCAAAGCUUUUAACUUGUCCUCAGACCUUAAUACACAUAAGAGGAUUCAUAUUGGACAGAAAGCUUACAUAGUGAAGAACAUGGCAAAUCUUUGAAAUAUUCCUCAACCCUUAAUAAACAUAAGAUAAUUCAUACUGGAGAGAAACCCUAUAAAUGUGAUGACUGUUGGAAAGCCUUUGACCACCCCUCAACUCUUACUAAAUAUGAGAAUUUAUAUGAAACAUAACUCCUACAAAAAUAAAGAAUGUGACAAAUCAAUUUAAGGACGUUCUCAACCCUUAUUACACAUAAUUCAUACUGGACAGAAACUCUACAAGUGUGAAAAAUGCAGGAAAGCCUAUAACAAGUUCUCAAUUCUUUUUUUUUUUUUUUUAAGAA